GCUAGACAGAUCUCAAGCAACGAUUCUGCAUGGAGAAAUCCACGACGGCAUGUGCACAUUGAGUUUGAAAUAGUUUUUCGACCGGUUAUCUUCCUCACAGGAAAAGCAACAAGAACCAGCGAGGCUGGCUUGUAGGUAUUUCGUAUCUGUAAAUCAUAGACUCCACCUAACGUGAUGCGUAGUGGGGAGUGGCAAAAGCGACUGAAAAUGGCCCUUCAACCCACCCAACAUCUCUCUCUUAUCAUCGCCAUCAUCACAUUUUGUCAUGGGAAUAUCGUCUCUCUUUCAUUCAAUACUUUCCCAAUCUUGGCACCCCAAAAAUCGAAGCCCUUCCUUUCCUUUCACUGGAAGCGGCCUCACUAUCUUCAUGGAGUUUCCUUGCUUCUGCAAUUUUCCAUGAACAUUUCAGUAUGCAGAGUCCAAUCUUCACGGCAAGUAACUGUGAGGGGCUAUAUUGGGAAUGGUGAAUUGGGAUUCUUGGGUAUCAAUAUCAUUAAAUUCGGUUUUGGGUUUGAUGAGUUGUGGAUAUUGAAAUGAUAGAUUGGGUUUUGGGUUUCAUGGAAUAUGGCCUUUGAAAUAAUGGAUUGGGUUUUUAGCUUUAAUGGGUUACUGGUUUUUUGAAUUUCAACGGAAUCACAGAGAAACAGUACAUUCUAUGGAAAUUGUAUGAGUUGGCGUGAUCUGUAAUCGAAUUAGGUGUUUUAUUUGAUUCUCGACGAGGAAUUUGGUUAUUGAGGCUUGUUAAUUAUGCCUUUUCGAUUAGUAUCGGCGUGGAACAAACGGAGAAGAAGCAGAUCCCAUGACCAGAAUGAUCCUUGGGUUUACAAACCUGUUGAGCAUUGGCAGCUUGAGAAUCAAGUACCCGCUGUUAAGCGGAAGCUUGUGCCAUUGGUUUUCACCUACAAGGAAAUGGAUGAAGCCACAUAUUCCUUCAGUGAGGGAAAUCUGCUUGGAAAAGGAGGAUUCGGUCGUGUCUAUAAAGGAAUCCUCAAGUCUGGUCAGGUUGUUGCAGUAAAGAAAAUGGAUCUACCAUCAUUUAGGGAGGCUGAUGGUGAAAGGGAGUUUCGUGUAGAAGUUGACAUCUUAAGUAGGCUAGAUCAUCCAAAUCUGGUGGCCCUAAUUGGGUAUUGUGCAGAUGGAAAGCAUCGCUUUUUGGUUUAUGAGUUUAUGCAAAAUGGGAACUUACAAUCACAUUUGAAUGGAAUUACUGAGACUAAGAUGGACUGGCCUCUAAGGCUCAAGAUUGCAUUGGGUGCCGCCAGAGGCCUUGCCUAUCUCCACUCGAGCACAACAAUUGGCAUUCCCAUCAUCCAUAGAGAUUUCAAAUCAACCAACAUUCUUCUAGAUGUGAACUUUGAGGCUAAGAUCUCAGAUUUUGGCCUUGCCAAGCUCAUCCCUGAAGGCCAGGAAGUGUAUGUGACUAGUAGGGUGCUAGGUACAUUUGGAUAUUUUGAUCCGGAGUAUACAGCGGUAUUAAUAACUUUUCUUUCUUGAUUUUUUAAUUGUUGUGAUUGAUUGCUAUUUUAAUUCUUGUAUUGUCUUGAAAUGCUGAAAAUGCAGAAAAGCAAACAAUUGGUUGCCACAAGUUAUAAGUUGAUGCAAACUGCCAUGAAUUAUACUUGAAAUGUUGAUUUCAGUGCUUGAAUCAAGUGGAAACUUGUAACAUGCCUAUCUGAUAAUAAACAAAUAUUUGAAUUGGUCUGCUUUUUCAGCAUCUUUCACAAAAUACGGGCACUGGUUGUUAAUUCAAAACGGAUCCUAUUCAAAACCAAUCUCCUUAUUCUCAUUGCUGUAAAUAAUUUGGAUAUUAUUGAAGCAUUUAAACCUCUCCAAGGAUCAACCAAGCGUGAUAUGAUCCUCUUAAGUUCCCAUUAUUACUUGAAAAUAUCUUGCAAUGUGUUUUAAAAUGUAUAGAGGGAGGUCAUAUUCUAUACUGGUUUCAGUUGAUUUGGUCUCUUUUACAACUUUCUUGCUUUAUUCUGAUCGUGGUUCAGUAGUGUGGUUAUAGUCUAAACCAGUUUCUAUUGAUUCUAUAUGUUAAUGGGUUUAAUGUUGUUAUAGUUUGAAGGAAGUAAACUAGUUCUGCCUGUCCAUCCCAGUAUCUUCUAUAGCUCAUGUGUGUUACUUAGGUUGGAGUAAGCAAGUUUUAGACGCACAAAGCAUCCUCUCUUUUAUUCUCAUGGAGAGUUUGGCUCUGUCUUGUCCCCUGUGGUUCUCUGUAGCAUUUCUUAUGUUGGUCUUAUGUAUAAGCCCAAGCCCUUAACCUAUAUUAUUUACAAGGAAGAGGUUGAUGGCUGAGGGUCUAACUGGCAGUUUACAGUAACUCCAAACAACUUCCACCUAAGAAGGAUGCUUUGAUGGUCUAGUGGAUGUGUGAGCCUCAUGCAUACUCCUUAUGCUGUUUAUGGGAUAGCAUGUGCUACUAUCUACUAUUUAGUAGUCUAAGGCAGUGAUUAAAAAAUAGGUGACUUGGGCUCGGAAUCUCUUUACUUGCUGGGAAUCGGCUGGUCUCUGGUUGUGGAGAACUCCAAACCAGGGACUCGCCCCCUUGGAACGAACCUAUCUAGUUCAGUGCAGUGAACUGGUUGGUUCUACAGUCCGACUCAGGUGAUUCCCAAGUCUCAAGCAGUUCUCAUUGGAAUCUCUGAGUUCCACUGAUUUAGGAGUUUUUUAUCCACCAAAAAGCUGGGGCUUAUAUCUUUCAUUUGGGUGCAAAUUAGGGAUUGAGUUAGGGUUUGAAUCUGAAGAGAAUUUGUAAGUGAUGAGUCAUAUCAUAGUCAUUCUUUGGGGUUUGAUAAGACUUCAUAGGCAUUGUUGAGCUCUUGAAAAUGAGCAGUUACUACCUCUUUUGAUACAAAAGAUCAGAGGAGCUUAUUGGCUUGGGGUGGAUUUGCAGAGUUAAGCGUAUGUAAGCAAAGCAAAUUUCUCCUUGAGAGCUGGUUCAGCUCACACUGAGGACCUCAUAUGAGCACCUCUUUUUUGUCAUGUGAUGGAUUCAUGCUCUCUCUCU